GGUUUUCCCUAGGCGAAUAUUCCCUAUCCUUAUCUUGGUCGCUCUCCAUUAUCCAACAGUAACCAGCAGUCCGCCUUUACCGGCCACUGACGAGCCUCCUUUUUAAGAGAGACCAAGAACAGAGAGCAUGGACUGAGGAGAAUUGCGGCCUUUUUCGGGCGUCCAGAAGUCGCUCCCUCCAGGAUUCUCUCCGAGCCAUUUCUUUCCUUUUCUUUGCCGAACCUCGCCAUCGCAGAUAGCCGUGUCAUCAUUGUUGGUCCAGCAAGCGCUGUAAACCCUGUUUUGCCCCUGUUUUUCGGCUGUCAAGAUCCGAAGCAACUCGUACGUGUUUGAAGCUUCAUCGCCGGCGUGCAUUCUCAUCGGCAAUACUUUUCAAACUUGUAAACUUAACCCGCAUCCUCAACCGACAACUCCUCCUUGGCCAGGAUCUCUCGUGUCCAAACCAUGUUCUUGCUUUUGAUCCUAGUUUCACUCUUCCUCGGUUCUCAGCAAGCUUAUUCCUCAACUUCCUCUUCAAGUCUUGAGCCUACAAGUUUCUUUUUCCCUUCUUUCAACCCUGGCUCUUGCACUAGUAAAGAGCUCAUUUGCAUGGGCUCGGUAAGCUCGCGAGAUGGGUAUUUGAACAUCACGCCAGAGAAGGGUAAUUCGAGCCUUGCUUCAAUGCCGACAAACCAGGUAGGGCGGGUUCUUUAUUCCCAACCAGUGGUUGCUUGGCCUGCCAUGAUCUCCACCACAUUCACCGUCAGGAUCACCCCAUCGCCGAAUUCCACAAUCUCUGGUGAUGGGAUGGCUUUCCUUUUUGCACAGGACAAUAGCCCCUCACCACUAAACAGUACUGGCUCAUACAUGGGGAUUCUUGAUCGGUCUACUCAAGGUGGUGUUGUUCGACAACUAGCCGUGGAGAUGGACACUUACAUGAACGAGUUUGAUAUUGACGGGAACCACGUAGGCAUAGACACGAUGAGCACUACUAAUUCAGUCGUCAACCAGAGCCUAAAGAGCACGGGAGUGAACCUAAGAAGUGGAAGGGACAUCACGGUCGAAAUUGAAUAUGAUGGCUAUAAAAAUGAAUUCCAAAUCUUAAUAGCAUAUUCUGGGAAUUCGCUAACAAGCGUUCUCAAUUAUUCGAUCAAAAUGUCGGAAAUGGUCCCUAGGCUCGUGUACGUGGGCUUUUCGGGAGGCACUGGUCCUCUUCCCGAAAGCCACAAGGUGAUUAACUGGGCAUUCAGCUCUUUUCCUUUAUCUAUGGCUGAUAAGCGGCUCAAGAGAGACAACAGGAUCAAAACCAUACUGGUUCUAGUCGUGCCAAGCGUGAUGACGGUAUUGUUCAUCAUGAUAUAUGUCUACCUCAUUAAGAGAGCACCAAGGAAGAGAGACAAGAAGGACGUCGACAUAGAGAGCCAAUCGAGGGAGGCUGCGAAUGUUCCAAAAAUGUUCACCUACAAGGAGCUAGCAAAGGCCACUCACAACUUUAGCAAGGAGAACCUGCUCGGCACUGGUGGUUUUGGAAGUGUUUACAAAGGGGUCAUCUUAGAUCCUCCGGUUGAAAUAGCCGUGAAAAAGAUCUCCGCAACCUCGAAACAAGGCAAUCUUUCAACCUCAAAUUCAACAGGUGAAAGACACUACUUGGCAGAGAUAUGCACGAUUGGGAGGAUGAGGCAUAAGAACAUAGUGCAACUCCAAGGUUGGUGCCAUGAGGGGGAACAACUUUUGCUAGUCUACCAAUACAUGGCCAAUGGUAGCCUUGAUCGCUUUAUUGGCAAGCAGUCCCUCAGCUGGGAGACCCGGUACGAGAUCCUAAUUGGUGUGGCCUCGGCACUACUCUACCUCCAUGAAGAAUUUGGGAACCCUGUGGUCCAUCGAGACAUCAAGCCCAACAAUGUCAUGCUAGACGCCAACUACAAUGCCUACUUGGGUGACUUUGGGCUCGCGAGGCUGAUCUAAAGCGAUGCCUCAGCAACAACCGUGCUUGCGGGCACCCCUGGGUACCUAGCCCCCGAGGUGGCAUACUUAGGGAAGGCCACACCAGAGUCGGAUGUAUAGCUUUGGGAUGGUGGUCCUGGAGGUGGUGUGUGGGAAGAGGUCAAAGGGGAUCACAGAAGAGGACAACUUGGUGGAUUAUGUGUGGAGUCUCUAUGGAGAAGGCUUACUCUCGGAGUGUGUGGAUGAGCAAAUGGAAGGUCAAUUUGAUGAGGAGCAAGUGGAGAGGGCACUAAUAGUGGCCCUUGCUUGCUUGCACCCUUACUCUGCAUGCAGGCCAAAGAUGCGAAAGGUGGUCCAAAUUUUCCUGAACCUAGACGAGCCGCUGAUGGAGUUGCCCAAGUCCCAACCCAGCAUGGCCUUUGUGCCUGUCUCAUUCUCGGGCUUGACCACUGUCACCUACUCCUCCACAUCCAAGACCAAUUUUGCCUUCACUCGCUCACGACUCGGUCCACCCCCGGAGAUAGAACUUGAUCAUGAACAUGGGAUGCCAGGGUUGCGUUAAUGGUCUCAAGAAUUGAAGAUUGUAUCAGAAAAUUUCACGUGAUUCAUAUCUGAGUCAUUUAUGAAUAAGUGUCAUACAUGAAUAAGUUUUACUCUUUAUUAUGUUACGAUGUAGUGCGGAAUGGAUACUCUUUGAAGGUAGCUGUGCUGUAUUUACAUACCUCUAUGAAUGUUAUGUUCUUAUGUGAAAUUGAGUUGGAGUUGUUCAA